AUUUUAGACAUUUUUUAUUACUCUCUCACUCCUUUCCUCCUCUGCAGCCGAGUAGAGUAAAUGGCAGUGGAAUUCCCUGCUGAAUUAACGGAGAAGGAAGAGAAUGUGGACAGAGAGCUAUGCGAGAUGAGCAAGCACCAGGGAAGAAAAACAAGAGGAACGGGUUUGCAUGUUCAAUUUUUUAAGCUUGUGGGUCAAAGAAGGAGAAGAUGACAGAGAAGCUGCUGCUGUAUAAUAGUGGGAGAACUCGAAGAAAUUCAAGGGAUUCUACCAAGAAUGGAGUUGGACUUUGUGAGUUAAGUAUAGGUUAUGGCUUCUGUAACUAUAAUUGAUAGUUAAGAUGGUAAAUCAAUUGAUUUAAAGUGAAUUGGACUUAAGAUAAGUUGAAUAUGAUGAUUCAACCAUUGAACACAGCCUCAAAAGAAGAAUUCAUUACAUGUAUGAGGAAGCAGUGAACUAGUAAUAGGUAUUUGUUUGUUAAAGCAUGAUUAAGACUUACUGUCUUGUGAAAUUAGCUCUGUACUUGAAAUCUGGAAGUGAGUAUUCAGAUGACUGUGAAUUAAUGAUAUUCAUUUCU